AACAAUAGGGGUAAAAAACGCCAUAACACAACACUGCACUGGAACAGUGUGUACCAGUGGCCAUAAUAGUUUACGAUCCACCAUCGAUCCUUUUUUGUGGGUUUUCCAACGACAAAAGGGAGGAGCUAAAAGUGAUCGUUCGCCUGGUUACCAGCGCAACCAGCACACCUGAUCGAGAUCGAGAUGUUUUAGCGUGAGCGAGAUAGCCAGUGGUUUCUUCGCGCCCAAAACACCUGAGACAGGUUUUUUAACCACUUUUUUACAAACUUACUCAAUACCACUAGCUACGACUUUGAGCUGAGAGUUUCAUACUUUUCCUACACACUCUGCUGUCGGCCAUCAUCGCGUCGAGGAGGAAAUCGUAGUAACAGUGCGUUACGCGUGAGUUAAAUUCCCUCUUCGAUUCGUACGUUACGAACGCUUCCUCGACAGAGUGACUGCAGUGCACGAUCAAGUGACGAACCUAUCUUUCGUUCCGUUUUUGCAAGUGACGUGUCGGGUGUUUUUUUGGAGAAGAAACCAAAUUUUCGACCUCCAGUGAAACAAAUUUGAACGCGAUGUCGAAGGUGAAUUGUUUAUGAUCUCCCACGUACAAGUGUUUGUGUGUGUGUUUGUAUGUGUCAAGUGUGCCAAACAGGAUUCCCGCAGAAGACCCACGCCCCGGGUACAGUGUGUCAAGUGUCAACCGAAACAGCGGUCAAACCCCGGUGUGACAAACAGGCGAGAAAGAAAGGCACGAGCGUGUAGGAAGAUGUUGAUUAUUUAUAAAACAUUUGACAAACCCAUACUAAUUAAUUAGUGUAUAUCCAUAGCAUUAUUACAAAGAUUAUUAUUAAAAUUGUCCAUAUUUGUGAACCGGUGUGUGCGUGUGUGUCCAGUGUAUGUGUUGUGGUUUUUUUUUCGCAUACUUAAACCUUCAUUCAUCACUUCUUCUAACAUUGAUGCGUCCGAGUGUGGUGUUUGAUUAUUUUGAAAAGUGAAUGAUCUUUAACACCCCCUUUCAACACCUGUGCAAUAAGAACAGCGAUCUUAACGAGGUGUAAAAAUGUUUUCUUAAGAUGGUGCGUACGUGUGAGAAAUGUGAUUAUUAUAACCCGAUUAUGUGUUAGUAAAUCGAACGGCUAAUAAAUUUACAGUUUUGCGAAUUUUCAUACUAAUGUCGUGAUAUUUGCAUAUUCAAUUUGCUCAAAUUUCGUGCGAUCAUUCAACCGAUUUCAGUGUGCAAAUCGCACACGAUUCCUACUCAAUACAGUGCGUUCAACGGAUACGCAAUUUUUAACUACCGACGGUCAGUCACUUCUGCUCUACAGUACCUGUGACCGGAAACUCUUCGCAGCCUGACCGAUUAGCGGGUGUCAAACGGUUCGUAAAGAGGAGAUAAUUUUCCUAAUUGCAACAAAAGCCUUCACACAACAGAACCACUGUGCACGGGUGAUUAACAGAAUUCAGCCAAUCUCAUCCACCACCCCGGGUUUCCCCUGUCCGUUCUCAACGAUCUUAACGCAACUUUCGCACCCCACUUGAAAGGAUCGCUGGGGAAGUGCGGGUGUCGGUAGCAACUGGCAGGCGUUUCGUUCGCUGCUCUAUCCAACGAAAGCGGAUCGAUGCGAUCGGUCGAUGAGAUGGCGACGUCACACAUACUGUCCGCCAUUGAUCCAAUUAUAACUGGGUCGGCAAAUACACCGACGAGCGGCGGUAUGAACGGUGGCGAUGGAGGGUCCGUCCCGAAUGGGGCCAGUACCGGGGCGGGCUCUACCGUUGGAGGAACUUUGCUACAGUCCGGGUCGACGGUUAUGGGACGAGGUGCCGGAGAUCGGAGCCUAUCGGUCACGCUGGACGAUCGGGAUCUUUGGUUGCGCUUUCAGAAUCUCACCAACGAAAUGAUCGUCACUAAAAAUGGCAGGCGCAUGUUUCCUGUGGUAAAGGUGACCGCUACCGGGCUCGACCCAACCGCCAUGUAUACGGUACUGCUGGAAUUUUCGCAAGUCGACUCACACCGCUGGAAGUACGUCAACGGCGAAUGGGUUGCCGGUGGGAAGGCAGAAGCACCACCACCGAACCCGGUUUACGUGCACCCGGAGUCACCAAACUUCGGUCAGCACUGGAUGAAGGAACCGAUCUCCUUUGCCAAGGUGAAGCUUACCAACAAAACAAACGGCAAUGGGCAGAUCAUGCUAAACUCGCUGCACAAGUACGAGCCACGGGUGCAUCUGGUGCAGGUGGUGUCGGAUGCGCGCGAUCAGCGCAACGUUCACACGUACCCGUUCCCAGAGACGCAGUUCAUCGCCGUCACGGCGUACCAGAACGAGGAGGUCACCUCGCUCAAGAUCAAAUACAACCCGUUUGCGAAGGCGUUUCUCGAUGCGAAGGAGCGGCCCGAUUCGGUGUACUCGCGCGAAAGUUCCACCUACGGGUGGCUUAACUUUCAUCCUUCCUAUGCGACGGCUCAAUCACCGCUGCAGGCACAGGUGGAUCGGUCCUACCAGCACACGCAUUCCGUUGCCCGGACGAAUCGUGUCACUCCUUACACUACCCAACGCUCACGGAACACCAGCGGCAGUUCCUCGCCCCAGCACAGUUCGUACCUGCCGCUGGAUUCGGUAUCAACACCCGUCUUUUCGUCCUACCCUUCGACGUGGCAAACUCAGACCACACCGAGUGGAUCUUACUGGAGCAAUCCUACCGGUGCAGUACAACAAUCAAAUCUCGGCACUAACCCGGGCAGUCCGAACUCGAUACCGCCCAACAUCUCGCCGACACCUUCGAACGGGUCACCGUCCUAUGCGACCUCGUCACCGACGUACCCGGCAAGUCAUCCGGCACUGACACCACAGCAUCCGCAGUACAUUCCCGUGUCCAGCGCACAGAUGGAGGGCAUUUACCAACCGGCUGGAUCACCCCAGCAAAUCUACACUCCUUCCAGUCAUCAGAUUUACCAUCCAACCCCUACACAAGUGUCUCCGAACCAUCAGCUGUACGGGAACGUUCUGAAUGCGCCGUCCAUCACAAAUCUAGGUUACUCAACCUCCUGGCACAGUGCCAGUGACUUCAGUGUCUACCAAAGCACGUACCACUAUCCGACGGCCGAAUACAUCCCCAUGAUAGGAGAGAUUAACACUUACAACCAUCCCUCGGACAUAACGGAGCUGACUUCGGUGGGAGCACCUCAUCGUCAUCUAGAACCGGCGGCACCCUCACCACUGCAAUACCACCAUCACGGGCAUCACGUGAGCGAAGGUUCUCCACUGAUCCCAACGCAUCACCAUCAUCAUCAUCAGCAGCAGCAUCACGGCAGUACGAAUGCGCAAUGCACUGAGAAUCAAAGUCCCGAACCAACACCCGGUACGGUUGCGACCAGUGUUGCCAGUGCGCUCAAUUCGGUAGCUUCGUCACCCAAUGCCGUAGGAUCGGGAGGACAACUUUCCCACAGUCCCGGUCGAACGUCGCUUAAUGCCGUCGGCAGUGCCUGGACACCGCUCACACCACCGCAGACGACCAGUAUCUAAUGGCGCUGGUGGGAACAAUGUUAUUUGAACACACACACACAGGGAUGUACCAUCACUUUUAAAUUGUGCCCUAGAACCAGUGCGGGAAGCAAAAGAGUACACUACCGUUUGGCAGCGUUAAAAAGUGUUAGUUUUAAUUAGAAAUGCAAUUUUAAAUUAAUACUUACCUAGACAGAAUAAAGCUUAAGAAUGUGCGAAAUGUAUUAAUGAAUCUUCGUUAAAAUGUUGAAUGAAAAAAAAUAUUUACAAGCCGCAAUUGAAAUUAAAAAGCUUCUUACGAGUGUCGUAAUGUUAUGAUUUCGAAGAACUCUUGAAUAUAUAAUGCUCUUCAAUAUUGUUGUCUUCUAUUCAGCGGUCGAUUAAGACACGACAGCUAGUUUUAGGCAUUUGACCACAGAGGACUCCACACAAGUCGAUCGAGUGGUGAAUUUGAUGAAUUCCCGAUCGAGGAGGUGCAAUGACCGGUGGAUUU